AUGGUUUCCCUGUGGGGUUCUAAGAAGGAUGGCGACAACGAUUCAGCUCACGGAAGUGUUCAUUCACACACCCAUUCCCAAAAUGGAGAUUCGCAUGAGCAUGUAGCGUCUCACCAAACACCACCUCAACCUCGUUAUUCUCAUGAAGCUGACGAGCGUACUCAUUUACUUCCACCAAGUCGUGAUGGCUUCUUGAGUCCCGAUGAUCCAGCUGUGUCUCCAUAUAAUCUAUGGAGCGUGCGAUUCUUACGAUACUUCACAGUGUUGUUUGCCAUCAUCACCUUUUUGUGGUGGGUUUUACUACUUGUGUCGAUCUUCGUAUCCCCACCGGGAAUGCACUCGAGAGGCUCGGGUUUCUUCGACUUUUCCUAUACUACCUUGACCCUCGGUCUAUUACUCAUUGUACUUCUCUUCUUCUCAACACCGUCCAAAGCAGCACAAGUAACAUGUCUCGUCAUUGCCGUGAUUCUACUGGUCGACAUGAUAAUGAUUGUCGCCGUUCCGCGUCUCCGUGUAGAGGAGGGCUGGGUUGGAAUUGCUAGUGUUAUUUGGGCUCUGCUGAUAUCUAUAUGGACAAUUGUCACAGACCGAGUUGUAGCAGCCGGCAAAGUUGAAGAGGAGGAGCGCUUGACCGGUCGCGCAGAAAACCGCCGAACCCUUAGAGAAUGGUGUUCUGUCUUAACUUCUACAAUCAUUCUAAUCAUCCUAGCAAUUGUCACCGUUCUGUUAUCGGCAACACUGAUCUUGAGAUCUCGCGAUGCUUCCCUUGCGCCACCAGGAGAACGAUAUUACGUUGACGGGGACAAAUACCAGAUACAUGUCUUUUGCGAAGGUAAUCUCACUGAUGCGAAGGGUAAUAAGAACCCAACAGUUCUAUUUGAAGCUGGCGAUGGUCCCUUUGAACAUAGCAUGCUCCAGAUCGCAACAAAUGCUUUUGCCAACGGAAGCAUCAGCCGAUACUGUUAUUCUGAUCGACCUGGCAUCGCUUGGUCCGAUAAUGCGCCAUCUCCAUUCUCAGCUGGCAUGGCGGCGGACGUGCUUUCAGAAGCUCUAGCUCGUGCAGGCGAAGAAGGUCCAUGGGUGCUUGCUAGUGCAGGAGUAGGCAGCAUCUACAGCCGCAUAUUCUCCUCCCGACACGGUCGUGAAAUCGCAGGUCUUCUACUCAUCGACCCCCUACACGAAGAUCUCCUUUAUCGUCUCGGUACACCAUCAAGAGGCUUCGUCCUCUGGGGUCGCGGUAUCAUCUCACCUCUCGGCUUAGAUCGUACAUUUGGUGCUAUUUUCAACGGCCGCACACGUGAAGACCGAGUAUAUGGACGUUCAGCUUACCAGGGUGGAAAAAGCCUCAAAGCCAAACUUCAAGAGUCUCUCGUCGCUAAUUCGUUGACGAAGAAUGAGGUUAGUAGCGCGAGGAAUAUACAAUUUGAGACUACACCGCUUGCACUGAUUAGCUCCGGUAUUGAGGUUAGGAGAAGUGACGAGUGGAAGAGAAAACAGGAAGAUCUUAGUCAUUUGACGAACAACCUGAAGAGUUGGGAUGUGGUCAGUAAGGCUCCUUCGGAGGUGUGGAAGACGCUUGAAGGAAGAGACAUUAUUGAAAAGAGGUUGAAGGAAUUGGUAAAAGGAGCUGCGGACUUUGACAUGAUGGAAGAGAAAAAUUGA